CUGGAUAUCGAGCAGCUCUGACGUUUCUUUCUGUCUGUCUGUCUUUCCUUCUCUGUCUGUUUUCCUUUCACCUCCACUACAGCAGGGGGCGACAUUGCAGAGGUGAUGGGAGGCCAAAGAGAGACACUCUUCACACUGCUGCUCAUUACAGCUGUCACACGCACUGUGACUUCAGAGGAGAGGCAGAUGAGCAUGUCUCCCAGUGCAGUGGAUGAUCAGUUCUCAGGGUGUCGGGCAGAGAUGCGGGAGAAGGUCAUGGGGAAGGGGGGGCUGCUGGAGCAGGAGCUGAAGAGUAACGUUGCAUUCAGGGAGGUGUGGAGAUCAAUAAAAUGUGGCAAAACCAUCCCAGGUGGCAGGCAGGAGCACACGCUGGCAAUGCAGGUGUACACCCACGCGAGCAAAAAAUUCCUCAGCGACUUUGAUUCAGCGGUCGAGUCCCGCGGCGCGAACAACGGCGUCGACAGCAGCAGCUUCCCCUACAAGUCCCUCCACUUCCUGCUGACGGAGGCGCUGCAGCUGCUGCAGACGAGUCAGUGCCACACAGUGAGCCACAGCUCAGAGCAUCGCUACGGGGCCCGGGUCGGGGAGGAGGUUCGGUUCGGCCGGUUCGUUUCCACGAUGACGGGGGAAAGCCAUGCAGCAGGAACCCUUUUUCACAUCACCAGCUGCGCCGCGGUCAAGGUGGCCAGAGCGGUCGUCAAGGCGAACCGCGCCUGCAGUAUCAAUGAAACUGAACUCCUGGUCCCUCCUUUCGAGGUGUUUAUGGUGGAGGAUGUGAAGACCUCUGACAAUUACACAGAGAUCACUCUAAACCACACGCGCUUUCACAGCUACCACGACUGUUACCUGUUCCCCAGUUCUGGUGACUCUGUGGGCUCCAGUAUGUUGGUGCUGCUGGCCGCUUCUCUGUGUCUCUGUCCCUAUGUCCUGGGACACACGCUGUAAUAUUACAAUACACACACACACACACACACACACACACACAAACCACAAAUGUUAAAAGAGCCUCUGUAAAGUGGUAUGCUGUAUUCACCAAAAUCUGAAAAACAGAAAAUGAUUAGCUUUAUAAGUCACUAUAUUUAAUUAUUAAAAAAAUGUUAUUGUUUAUUCAAUAACUUGGUAGGCAGCUCCUGCCGAGUUUCAGUAUGACAUUAUCUUUAAUGCAUAAUGCAUAUCUAUAACUGCAAAAUGUAACUCCUUCCAUCCAUCCCAACUGCAAAUAAAGCAUUCAUAAGCAUUUGCUCAAAAUGUUGUGCACUUCUUUCAUAAAAUUAUUGGUGUAGGAAUGAGUCAUGCAUUGUGAAAAACUGGGACAGAACGACUCCCAUACUAACACUUGAAUAAGUCUACCAAUCCACUCUACAUUAACUUGCAUGUAUACCACUGUAGUUACAUUGUAACUGAUUUGGUAACAGGAAUGUAACUUUAUGCCA